CUCCUACACACUAGAGCAAAGUGAGCCUGGAGCAAGUUACUGUUGCAGAAAUAUCUUUUUGUUCAUGAAAAACAAGAUUAUCUUCUCAUCCAAAAAGAUGAAACCACUUGCAAAAGACAACCAAGUGAGCAUAGAAGACUGAUGAAUAGAAUCAAUAAGAACGUGAUUUUGGCGCUUUUAACUUUGACAAGUUCUGCAUUUCUGUUGUUUCAGUUGUAUUACUACAAGCACUAUUUAUCAGCAAAGAAUGGAGCUGGUUUAUCAAAAUCCAAAGGAAGCCGAAUUGGAUUUGAUAGCAUACAGUGGCGUGCAGUUAAAAAGUUUAUUAUGCUAACAUCGAGCCAAAAUGUACCCGUGUUUCUUAUUGAUCCUUUGAUUCUGGAAUUGAUUAAUAAAAACUUGGAACAAGUAAAAAAUACUUCUCAUGGCUCCACUUCAGAAUGCAACUUUUUCUGUGUUCCAAGAGACUUUACUGCCUUUGCUCUACAGUAUCACCUGUGGAAGAACGAGGAAGGCUGGUUUCGGAUAGCUGAAAACAUGGGAUUUCAGUGCCUGAAGAUCGAGAGCAAAGAUCCCCGGCUGGAUGGGAUAGACUCACUUUCUGGAACUGAAAUCCCCCUGCACUACAUCUGUAAACUGGCCACACACGCCAUUCACGUGGUGGUCUUUCACGAGAGGAGUGGCAACUACCUCUGGCAUGGCCAUCUGCGCCUCAAAGGACACAUGGACAAGAAGUUUGUUCCUUUUCGAAAGUUACAAUUUGGUCGUUAUCCAGGAGCUUUCGACAGACCAGAAUUACAACAGAUUACUGUUGAUGGACUAGAAGUUCUCAUUCCAAAAGACCCAAUGCACUUUCUAGAAGAAAUACCACACUCUAGGUUUAUUGAGUGUAGGUAUAAAGAAGCUCGGGCAUUCUUUCAGCAGUACCUUGAUGAUAGCACUGUGGAAGCUGUGGCCUUUCGGAAGAGUGCAAAGGAAUUGUUGCAACUUGCAGCCAAAACGUUAAAGAAAUUGGGAGUGCGGUUCUGGCUGAGCAGUGGGACUUGUCUAGGAUGGUAUCGGCAGUGCAGUAUUAUUCCUUAUAGUAAAGAUGUUGAUCUAGGAAUUUUUAUACAAGAUUAUCGAUCUAAUAUUAUUUCAGCAUUUCAGGAUGCAGGACUUCCACUCAAACACAAAUUUGGGAAGGUAGAAGACAGCUUGGAACUAUCUUUCCAGGGAAAAGAUGAUGUAAAACUUGACAUUUUUUUCUUCUAUGAAGAGACUGACCAUACAUGGAAUGGAGGCACUCAGGCCAAAACAGGAAAAAAGUUUAAAUACCUGUUUCCCAGGUUUACACUGUGCUGGACUGAGUUUGUAGACAUGAAGGUCCAUGUGCCCUGUGAAACCAUCGAAUACAUUGAAGCCAACUAUGGGAAGACCUGGCAGAUUCCCGUGAAGACGUGGGACUGGAAGCGCUCGCCCCCCAAUGUGCAGCCCAACGGCGUCUGGCCAAUUUCCGAGUGGGAUGAGGUUAUCCAGUUAUACUGAGCCAGUGGGUUGAAACGGUAGAAUUCCUCUCCUGAAAAACAGGCGGAAAACUGUUUUAAAAGAUACAUAUCUAUUUGUCAAACAUAAGUGGGAGCCAAAGAAAAACAAGUUUGAAAACUCAGAAAGAGUUCUAAGUCCUAAGCCAUUUAAUUCUCUCAUUUUAGCAUUUAUUGAGGCAUCUUCACGUGCCAGGUACAGUGCUAGGUUACCGGGGAGAGUAGAGAUGAGUGAGACAGAUGCCUGCCUUUUCCCGCUCCCUUUGCUAAGCACCCCACUUUUCCUUUGAGGGAAACACCCUCACUCUUUGAAGAUCUCUAAGUGCUUUCAAAUGUUAGAUGAUGUUUGGACUGGAAGAUGGGCUUGCCAUGCGAGGUUAAGGAAGGAGCUAAAAAGAGUGACCCAUUCCUGCUCUCAGCACUUAAGCUUGUGUAGUAGUGCUGCUUUCAAGGUUGUGGUUUCUGAGUUAAUAUUCAAGUGAUCAGAUUUUAGGUGGCAUGAAGACAAUACGCCAGCAGAUUCAUUUGAUAAGCAUCCUGCUAUGGAAUUGAUUUAAAGCAUAGGGCAGCAUCCAAUGAGAGGAGAGCGUGUUUCUAGCCUUGUCAAAGAUGCCUGCAUUUCCAUACACUUUCCAUUUUCAUGUUUGAAGUGAAGGGAAAGCUUAUGUGUGUGUAAUGCUUGCAUUUCUAGCCAUCCUGAGAAUGUUCACUGACUUCUGAUAGCACUUGUUGACAAAGCGUGCAAGUGGGACCAUGCUAGCGGACACCAUGUUGAAAGGGUUGUCUUUUCACAAAACUUACUUUCCUUCUUUCAUUCUAAACCAUCUGUUAGGUAAAAAUAUGAGCUAAUCAUGGACAUUUAACAUUUUCUGAUGUAUAAUCCAUGCACUCCCAAUUUUAACACUAAAAUAUUCAUAGAAAUACCUCUCGUGUUUUAAAUGUUCUCUUCAGUGUAUUUGUUAAUUAAUUAUAGCUCCAUAGUUUUCACGUAUGGCCUAUAAACUGAUUAAAUGGUUUAUAAACCUGCCUUUUUCCUCUCUCUUCCAAAACUACACCAGGUCUCCAAAAUGAGGAUAAGUGGAAAACCUGGUAACUGUUUCCCCGCCCCAGAUCAUAGUGUUCGCAAAGUCUAUAUCAGGUUUAGUGGUUCUGUCAGUUGAAUAUCAAUGGGGUAAGAACUCAGACUUCCCUACUUGACCAAAUACCUCUCACUCUGAACUCCUCGUUUUCCUGCGUGGGCUGGGAUGGCUCUGCCUUCCCCAUCUCUUCCUGAGUCACUUUAAUUACAUAUUCUAAGUGAGAAGUAAAGGGAUGUGUAGGCACAAUAAACACAUUUACUUAUCUUUCCUUUUGGUCCAGGAAGGGAAGCUAAAUGUUAGGGAAGCUAAAGGGAGUGACACCUUUCCCCAGACUGCAGGCCAGGCUGUAAACCUGAAAUGUGACCCCCACGUGGCGGAGUGUGCCCAUUCCCCCAAACAAGUCAGCAUUCAAGUGAAAACCACCUUGCUCUUGAAUCUUACAAGCAGAGGGGGCCUCAUGCCUCAUUCAUUCUAACCCCAUUAUUUUGUAGCUAAAUUGGAAAUCCAGAUAUGAGUGAUUUGAUCAAGAAACAACUGAGGCUCAAACCCAAGAGCCAUGACUUCUGGCCCGUGCCUGUUUCAUUGCUCACAGCACAGCAUGUCUAACCCAGCUCGAGAUGCUUGACAGAGAACUCAUCCCCAACUGGAUUACAAUUCCGGGUGUUUCUGACAUUCUCCAUUUACUAUCUUUCUGAUUAGAUAGAGCACCCAAGGUGACAAAGAGGUCAAGAAGGACUGUUUCUUGUCCAAAAUUCUUAGGUUAUCUUGAUACCUUUACUGAAAAAUGUUUUAGCUUCAAAAGGUGAAAUGAAAUAGUUCAUUGGGUACAUCAGCCUCUGGUCAGGAUGCUUUUCACAUCCAGGAGUACCUACUCUCUGAAGCUCAAGAGGUGUCCGGUUGCCACCCUCUGCUUCCCAGGAAGCAUCACCACCGGUCUGCUAAGUGCCAGUAUCUGAAGCCUCUCCCCGUCCUCUUUAUUGCUAUUCUCUUAUGGAUACGACUAGUUGAAACCAGACUGCUCAUUCCUUUUAUGCUUUGUGACCACAAGCCAUUGUUUCUAGUCUUACAGGGCUACAAAUGGCAGCACAGCGAGGUGUGGACAGCAGGUGUUACAGGAAAGCAGAGGCUUACAGAUGGGGGACCAGAACAGUAUCUGGGAAACACACUUGGGAUGAAUUCCCACGCUGGCCUGAAACCACCCAAUAUCAUAAGCUUAAGGCUGCAAAUGUUCCUUUGCCUCCCCCUAUUUUCACCUUGUGGGAAAUGAACAGGUCUUUUAUCCUCAAUGUUAUAAACCCCAGGGGAAAUUUCCUCUCAAAACCUACUCAGAGAAAGUGCCACAUUCCCACCUUCUAACACAUAACCAUCCUUUGAAAUGGCUUUAAAGCAUAGAAAAACUCUAGUUUCUGACCCACCAAAUGCCUUUCUCUGAAGAAAUUUCCCGCAGCUAUUUCUUUUUCCUUUUCCUCUGUCGUUAAGACCUGAGCUAAGUCACCUCUGACAUCUCACUAAGGGAAGGCAGUAUGUUGGCCUAAAAAGACAACAAGCUUUUAAUUUACGCCUGAGUUUGGAUCCCUGCUUCAUCACAUGAGAUUUAGUGCAGAGGACCUCUCAGCUUUAAUUUUCACAUGAGUGAAUUAGAGAAAUGAUGUGUAUUUCUAAGGGUUUUUAGUAAGGAAUAAAUGAAAUAUAAAGUGCUUAGCAUAAGGCCUAGGAUUAAGUAAGUUCUCAAGAAAUUUUUCAUUUUCUACUUCCAAGUCCUUUUCUAAGUAUUCUUCAAAAGGGGUAAAAGAAACUGGGUCAGAAGGUUGCAUAACUUACUCAGAAGGUUGCAUAACUCAGUUUGCUUUAGGAAAAAGUUUUUCAUCAAGGUAUUAAAGAACAAAUUGUAUGGUUUGUGAAUUCAGAGACUUUACCAAGUUGCCUCCUUUUCUAAAAAGAACUUGUAUUUUUAUUUUAUUGGUCAAGCUGUUGUCUCCUAGGAUCUUCUUAUACUAUCUCAUAUGCUACCUAGUUCUUUAGUUUCAAGCAAUUCACUCUCUGUACCUCCCUAGAUUUGGUGCCUGCUCUACCCUGGACUUUUGUGUGUGUGGUUUUUUGUUGUUGUUGGGUUGUUUUUGUUUGUUUGUUUGUUUUUUCAGUAUUCCACCUUUUCCUACAGGUAGCACCUCACCUCCUUGUUAGUAAAUCUCUGCCCAGCCAAAAAUCAGAUAUAAGUCGUGAUUUGGAGAGGGAAAGAAUUUAGAAUACUUAGUUUUGUUUAGUUGUCUAUCCUGAUGAAUAAAUGAUUAUAUCAGUAUUAAUAAAAGAUCAUUGAAAGUACUCAUGUCCACCUUCUUUCCCCAGGUUUGUGCUUCUGUCUCAACUAGGAAAGAAUCAACAGGGUAUAUGAUGCUAUUUUAAGUUGCUCCCCAUCAGAGAGAAAUUCUCAUUAUAGUGCGUAAGUCAGACAGACCAAUUCAGUGGUGAUAGCUUUUGUACAGGAAACAUUGCUAAAGUAGGCAAGCAUAUAUUUUCCUAAUGAGAAACCUCUGCUUCUAUAUUCUCAGAACUUAUAGCCAAGAAUGCCCCUCUUGCCACCUCCCACCCCAACUCAGUGCAGAGAUUAUGUGAGAACACAUUAGCCAGCCAAGCAGCUAUAUACUGUGAGCAGCUCCCACAAGGAGGUUAAAAGGGAGCAUUAGGAGAAUUAGAAGUACUGUAUUUUAUUCUAUAAAACAAUCAUUCUGUCUCAUGUACUAUAUUUAAAAAAUUACAAGAUUUUGUAGCCUUCUGAUGACUCAGUGUGAGGAGUGUUUCAUGUGCCCAUUAAAUAAAAAUCAUAUGUAGCUCUUUGUCCCUUCUACUGCAUAAUCAGAAAAAUAUGUAUGUGAAUUUUCUAAACAAAGUGAUAUUUUAAACAUGAGUAAAUUUUAGUGUAUGCUUACCAGUUUACUUCAGGUACAAAUAAUUUGUGGUACUACUGAAAAUACCUUUACUAUUACUCCUUUGAUCAGAAUUUAUAAUAUAUAAUCCAGUU